ACCUCACCACCUCCUCUCACACACCUCCUCCUGCAUGCCUUCACCUGGGGAUUCGCUCCAUACAAUUGAACUCACUAGGUCAGGAUGGCUCAACGUAACAGCUGGCUUCGAGGGACAACCAUCCGCAAGUCUGGCCCGUCAACCGCGGCGAGCACGCGUACAGGUACGCCGACGCAGGUGCAGAGUACAUCCACGACAAUAUUUGGUGGAGGAGUGAAGGAUCCGUCUGGACGAACGUCUGAGUAUUUUUCUAUGGAUGACCAAUGCCCGGUAUGCAAGUCGGAUAGGUACCUCAACCCGAAGUUGCGGCUGCUUGUUAGCGCCUGUUACCACAAGAUGUGCGAGUCGUGCAUCGACCGCUUAUAUACGCUUGGCCCCGCACCAUGUCCCAUUUGCAACAAAAUUCUACGAAAGCUUGCGUUCACCCCACAGACCUUCGAGGACCUCACAGUGGAGAAAGAGGUUGCCGUGAGGCGGAGAAUAGCCAAAGAAUUCAACAAGCGAAUGGAGGACUUUCCCGAUCUUCGUGCAUACAAUGAUUAUCUUGAAUGGGUCGAAGAAAUUACCUUCAAUCUGAUUAACGACAUCGACGUCGCUGAGACCGAGGCUCGCAUUCGACAAUACCGCCAGGAGAACGCCGCCCUCAUCGAACUCAACAUCAAGCGCGAGGAAGAGUACCAGCGCUACCUUCAAGAACAAGAAGAGGCCGAAAGGCAAGAACGCGAGCUGCGCGCGCAGGAGCUUCGCCGACUCGAAGAGGAAGAGCGUGAGGAGCGCGAGAAGGCGAAGCAAGGACUCAUCGACAAGCUCGAGAUGAGCGACAAGGACGCCGCCCGACUGGUCGCGAAGUCUCGUGCAGAAGCGCAGAAACGCGCGUCCGCGCGUGCUGCGUCGAGCAGCUCCUUCAGCCAGAGCAGUGCUCGUUUACUUCGCUCCCGCGCUGCCCAGAGUACCGUCAUUCCCGAUGUGCCGCACGUGCCGCUGCAGGACAACUAUUACGCGUACGAUGACCUGUUCACGAUGCGCGACACGUACUACGACCCUGUGAGCGAGGCCGUGCGGAAGGAUAGGGAGGGCAUCAUGCGCGCAGGUGGUUACAUGGUCGAGCAGGCUUGGCAGCGGGCCUUGCGGUGUGCCGUAGCGGGUCUGGAAAUCGCUCCUCUCACUGGCGUCCCAGCUCCUCCCCAGGAGGCCAUGGCUAUAGACAGUGAGAGUUCCGCAGAUGUGGUUAUGGCGAAUGCAUGACCAUGUUCCAAUCCUGGGAAACCCCCUCGUCCUUGUUCGCCGAUCGUCCUUCGUCCUUUCUCCAUCGCUAUGUUAGCUUAGCUAUCGUGUUCAUGUGUAAUUCUAUAGCUUGUUAUUUUAGACCAUGUCAUUGUGUCUCAUUGUCCUUUGCAAAACGCAGCCAGUCGCAAUUCUUAUCGAACCUAUUACUACUGAUAACAAUAAUAUAGAUAGGCUGUACAGUAGGGGAGUAUGGGUACCUCCGCAAAAAUGCCGACAGACAAAGAGGUGUCUGAAAACUAGACGAUCUUCUCGCUGGUGACUAUCCGCCGAUUCAGCUUCUCCGCUUCGGACAGAGGCUCGGUCAUGGGGAAGUACAGAAUCUGGUACUUCUUGUUCUUGUUCAAUGUCUUCGCGUCUAGCCGGAACACCUUGAGCACGUCUGCAGGACUGAGCGCAUCGAAGGUGGAUUGAUUAGAACUACUAGGAGGCUUCACUUUUCGGUGAUCAUCGUCAUUGUCAUCGAUUACAAUGACCUCCCGGCUACCUGUGUUACCCCCGCGUUUUCUCUUCGGGCUACCGCCUUGCGGCUCGGGAGACUUGCGCUUGCGGGAUUUCAUCGUCUCGACAGGAUGUAGGACGUUGUGGAGCACCUUCUUCGACAAGGAAGGGCCCUGAGUACCACCGGACCUCGUGGGGUCGUGAUACUUGAGCCCCGCUUGUCUGAUGCUGGGAGGUAGUCUCCGCCCAGGAUCGAACGUUAAGAGAUGAAUGAUGCCCCCCUUGACCUGCUCCGCCCCGACAAUCGUUCGAGAGUGCCCGGCAUGUUGCAAUACGAUGGGCGGUCUGUGGGUAAUGGUGACCGCACGAGCACCUAGCAACCGUUCGCUGACUGUCGACGACGUCGAUUUACGGUGUGGCUUCUCGCCGGAGAAAUAUUGCAGUACCCAUUGCAACAAGGGCUCCACCCCGUUGUGUAACUCGAAGUCGACGAGCUGUGCAGGUAUGCCCUUAUAGGUUAAAGCAACGUAGAGCUCUGCAGUACCUAUCCAUUUCUUCGUGCCCACAAGUUUACGGUCCAUGUCCUUGGCGCCUUCUUCGUCGUAUCCGUCUCUCCAAGCUCGCUCAAUGAGGAUCUGAAGAUUGCGGACACCCGGUGAGCUCGGAGUGUCUAGCAGUGGAAAGUAGUCGGGUUGCAGCUGUUGAUUCAUGAGCGCUGCGCAAGCCAUGAGAUAGUUGCGAUAGCCACAACCCCAAGUACGAUCCCAGUGCUCGCCCUGUAUGUAAACGGCGGUCUCCAUACACAGCCAUGCGCGCUGAGUGUUUCCCUUGUCGUGCGACCGAUUCAGAGCCUUCUUCAGAACGGUCAUGAGACCUGAAAGCGUACACAAUCCUUAAUUGCACAUAUAUGUCAUCAUGCGGAAUGAGGCAUGUACCUGGCGUGAAAUUCCGCGGUGGUUCUGACGUCAUGCCAGAAUGCCAGAAGAUGUUCUGCUCUUCUGGCGACGUGUUGUGAAAAGAGAGCGGCCUAAAACCGGAGCGUGGUCUCAUAGACGACAGCUUGGAGGGAGGCUUGGGUGCUUGGGGUGACUGAAGCGUUCCUCCGGUCAUACCAGAGGAGCCCGAACCUGAGGCUCGAGAGGGGCCCUCAAAGUGUUCAUCAUAAUGAAAGUCUCGUUGGAUUAUCGUCAUUGGGGUCAAGUCCUCGGCGCAUAUCUGACAUAUGAUCUUCUUCGGGUCGUUAUGUGCGAGUAUCUCUAACUCGCCGUCGUCUAUUACGGGAGCC